UGUAGUGGGGUCCUAGGCACCCAUGACAGAAGGCCCGUGCACGCGCGAAUCGAAUCCAUUAAGAGUCCCAUAUUAGUCUAGGGUGAGCGCGUCAUUAUUCGCGUCAAGAAUUAUCGUAGAUCGUUUGACUUUAACUUUCUUGCGAGAGACGUCGACCUGUUUUAGUUGUCAAUUAGACUUCGGCGUCUUCUCUAUUUUACCAGAGUCCCUCAACGCUCGUUGAAAUGCCGUCGGAUAUUCGCUCCUUUUUUGGAGCCAAAGGUGGCGCUGCGCCUACGAAACCAGCUUCAAAGAAAGCAGAAGACGACUCAUCUAAAAGACGUACCGAGGGACGAAAGGUUGUAGAUGACAGUGAUGAAGAUGAUGGCGAUGUAGCUAUUGAACCGAAGAAACCGACUACUAGAUCUACCCCGAGGAAGAAGGCGACCGAGGAGAAGGUCCAGGGAACUGCUACAACAGCAAGCGAAUACUUUGCCUCGAACAAAUCGAAGAAGAGCCAACCAGCCACAAAACCGGAGGCUAAGCCCCAGCCGAAACCUACAGCCGAAGUGCGGUCGAGUCCUCGAAAUAAGAAGACUGCGGUGAAGGAUGUUGUAGCCCCUAGCAAGAACGGUGAUUCCGCAUCAAAAAAGCCACCACCUAGAUUCAAGCGAUAUGACCCGGAUGAUGACGAUGAGGCUUUCGUGGACGAUGAUGCAGAUGCCGGUGAUGAUAUCUUCGCUGCUGAUGUAAAGAGCCGUAAUAAAAGGAAGAACGAUGACUAUGCCGAGGAGGAAAGCGAGGAAGAAUUCCUUCCCAAACCUAAAAGAAUUGCUUCUCGUACUAAGCUGGCCGAGAAAGACGAGAAACCCGCCACAUUGAAGCCCCCGAAGAGCAUUACAGCUGCUACAUCAGCAAAAAAGAGGAAGACACCUGAUGCCGCAUCUAGUGAAGAAGAGGAAGAGGAAGAUGAGGAGCCUGUGUCUCGCAAGAAGCCGGCCGCAAAGAAACCGAGAGCCCCGAGAGCUAAGAAGCCAGAUGAACCAGAAGAUGCAAACAUUCAAGCGAUAUUUGAUGAUAUUCCUAUGGUCAGACCGCCAACACCACCGGCUAAAGAUCCAGACGCCAAAUUCGAUUGGAGGAAGGCAGCCGCGGGAGGAGGCAAUUCUGGUGCGCCACCAAACCCUACUGCGGAACUACCCGAAGGAGAAGAAGAUUGCCUUGCCGGUCUCACAUUUGUUUUCACUGGUCAACUAUCCACUAUUGCACGAGAAGAAGCCCAGGCUUUGGUCAAGCGGUAUGGUGGCAAGAUCACAGGUGCACCAAGUAGUAAAACCAACUAUGUGGUAUUAGGCGAAGAUGCCGGACCUAGCAAGCUUGCCAAAAUUCGUCAGCAUGGUAUCAAGACUAUUAACGAAGAGGGAUUGUUCGAACUCAUUCGUCGUCUUCCGGCCGGCGGUGGGGGUGGCAAAGGGGCCGAGAAGAUUCGCGAGAAGCGAAAGUUGGAGGAAGAGAAGGCGAGAGAACAAGCAGCCGAGAUGGAACGAGAGGAGAAAGCUCGAAAAACGGAAGCAGAAAAGGCACGAAAAGCUGCUGCUGCUGCGCGUGGUGCCAAUGGCCCUUCUCAAACCCCAUCUGCGCCGCUUUCUCAAUUAUGGACAGUGAAGUAUGCACCAACCCAGCCAAGUCAUAUUUGCGGAAAUAAAGCAGCAGUCGAGAAAAUCCAGAACUGGCUACGAAAUUGGACCAAGUCACGUAAAUACAACUUCCAGAAACGAGGGGCGGAUGGCAUGGGUGGGGCUCGAGCUAUCAUCGUUUCCGGUCCCCCCGGUAUUGGCAAGACAACAGCCGCACACUUAGCUGCUAAGCUCGAAGGAUACGACGUUAUAGAGAGCAAUGCCAGCGACACAAGAAGCAAAAAACUUGUGGAAUCUGGGGUAAGCGAGGUUAUGAAUAACACGUCCCUCAAUGGCUACUUCGCAGAGGACGGAAAGAAGGUAGACGAGGGGAAAAAGAAAAUAGUACUCGUCAUGGACGAGGUAGAUGGAAUGUCUGCCGGUGACCGCGGUGGUGUCGGGGCCCUCGCAAAAUUCUGCAAAAAGACGGAAGUUCCUCUUAUACUAAUCUGCAACGAGCGAAAGCUGCCCAAGAUGAAGCCGUUCGACUUCGUUACAUUUGACAUCAAAUUCCAACGGCCGACAGUUGAUCAAAUUCGCUCGCGGAUGAUGACUGUCUGUCACCGAGAGGGAAUGAAGUUGUCUCCACAAGUACUCGAUGCCUUGAUCGAAGGUAGUAAUAGAGAUAUCCGACAGAUUAUCAACAUGUUGUCAACAGUCAAGCUUGACCAGUCCUCUAUGGAUUACAGCCAGAGCAAGGAUAUGUCGAAAGCCUGGGAGAAAUCGAUCGUGCUGAAACCUUGGGAUAUCUGCCAGAAAAUGCUUGGCGGCGGCCUCUUUUCUCAAGCGAGCAAGGCAACUCUCAACGACAAAAUUGAGCUAUAUUUCAACGACCACGAAUUCAGCUACCUGAUGAUACAAGAGAACUACCUACGAACCAAACCAGCCGUCCUAAACCAGAACCAGUACAACAAGCGAGAAGCGAACCUCAAGGCUCUGGAAAUGGUCGAUAAGGCAGCAGAGAGCAUUAGUGAUGGCGACUUGGUAGAUCGAAUGAUUCAUGGCCCACAACAACAUUGGGGAUUGAUGCCCACUCACGCAGUGUUUAGCACAGUCAGACCAGCUAGCUUUGUAGCCGGCCAAAUGAUAGGAUCCAACUUCACCUCCUGGCUGGGCAACAAUAGCAAGUACGGAAAAUUAGGAAGAUACAUCCGCGAGAUCCAUUCGCACAUGCGACUCAAAUCCUCUGGUGACCACCAUGAGAUCCGUCAGCAAUACCUACCAGUGCUUUGGACACGACUCAUCAAGCGACUUGCUGAUGAAGGCAAAGAGUCUGUUGAAGAAGUCAUCGAGCUUUUGGACAGUUAUUUCCUCACCAGGGAAGAUUUUGAUUUUAUUAAGGAGCUGGGUGUCGGUCCUCAAGACGAAGAGCAAGUGAACAUUGACACUCAGACUAAGUCUACUUUCACUCGACUGUACAACUCAAUGUCGCAUCCGAUUCCCUUUAUGAAGUCCAGCAGUGUUGUUGCUCCCAAGAAAGCUGCGAAGGAUAAACCAGAUCUCGAAGAGGCAAUAGACGAGGAGGAUGACGAACCAGAAGUUGUCGAGGCUGCCGAAGUUGCUGAUGAAGAUGAGGAUGUUGAUAUUGAGAAGGAUAAAUAUAUCAAAAGGCCAAAGGCUAAAAGUGGAAAGAAGGGCGCGAAGAAGGCUGCUAAAGUUGAGGACGAUGACGAAGAUGUAAAGCCAGCAGCGAAAGGACGCAAGGGUAAAGCUGGGGCAGCUAAAGGCAAGGCAAAGAAGUGAGAAACCCGUCAUAUCUAACUACGCUUUAUUUGUAUGACUAGAGCUUGUGUUGCUUUGGUGUACAUAUUUUACUAGGCACAGGGCGAGUAAUCUACAGUGAAGAAUGAAGAUGACAAUAACGAUAAUAGAUAUAUUCAUCUAGAA